AUGCUGAAACCCUACACCCGUGCUAAUAUGACCGACCCCUCUACUCCAAUUGCCGAACCAAUCUCCUCCGAUGAGGUGGACGACAACUGGUCAGGGCUGACCGACCCGGCUGAGCGUCGACGGCGGCAAAACCGCAUCAACCAGCGGGCUUACCGUAAGCUGCAUGCCCCAGUCGAUCUACAUAGAACGGACGCUAAUUUGGAUCUGAAAGGGAAGCGUAAGCGGCUCCAAAACAAAGAAACCCACCCUAAGACCCUGGUAAAAUCGACCAAGUCGGCACCGUCGACAUCGUCGACAUCGCCCCAGUCAGAUGACUCUGUCACUCCAGAUGGCUCGAAGGUGAAGUCAUGUUGCAGCCCCGGAGUUCUGCAAGAUCUACUGGAGAAAUUCGCCAAAUCCGCAAUUGAAAGCUACGCACGCGGCGAUCCCGCGGCCGACCACCUCAUGACCCUGACGAAAGUCAACGUCUUCCGAGCCUUCGCACAGAACCUUGAGUUGAUCGGCUGGUCACCAUACUGGAUGGACGAUGACGCCAUCUCUCUCUUCAACCAAGCCUUACCACAACGAGAAUUCACGCCAGACGAUCAUAGCCACAUCCCACCUACUCUCCGCCCCACACGAGUCCAAAAAAAACGCCGCACCACCCCUGGCUGGAUUUCUUCCCUCUCCCCAAAAUGCGCGACAAUCUCAUCGAAGCAGGCGAUGAAUGGGAUGAUGUGCAGCUUUGCCAUGACAUCAUGGGAUUCUGGGGCGAGUCGACGAUGGACGCCGGGCUAUUGGUGUGGGGGGAGCCUUGGGAUAUUCGCAAUUGGGAGGUGA